AAGAGCUGGUUUGUAGAAUUACUGCAAUUAUCGGACCAAAGAAUACUAGUUGGAUUUGUACGACGAAAACGAUGAUUGAAUACCGAAACUCAUCUGCAAAGCUAAGAAUUCCGUCAAAAACACGAUGCUACUGCGCAACGCGGUAAAACCUUCUCGUGGCCAUCGCGUUUUGUGUUUCUUGCCCAAAACCUCUGCAUGGUGACGCGCUAUGCAAGCUUCUUCGUCGCUUCAAUGGUGACAUCUGCUUUCUGGACCCCGUGUGCUUCCGGGCUCGACACCGACUUCGCAUUGCUUCGGAAACCAGAAAGGCGGACUGCUGAUGCUGCCUCGCUCGAUGCCGCCGGGGAGGUGGCAACACAAGAUGAGCUCGUAGAUGCAACGGCUUCUGCUUCUGGAGGGGAGGCCAAGCUGCGAAUCAGGAGCGGCGGCCUUCGUGAAACCCAGCCCAGUAACGACGACUCCGUGUCCGUUCGAAAAUCCGCGCGGGCCGACCACCCGAGAAAAGCUGUGCGGCGAGGUCUGGCUUCCGCGACCGCAGAACAUCAACCGAGCAAUCCCGGUCUACAAGGACUGCACAAUCGCGAGAAUAGUACUUCCUCUAGAUUGAUGUCACCAGCACCGUCGGCGCUUGGAAAAAACGGAAAAGCCUCAACAGCAAAAUCUGCACAAGGCGAACAGCAGCAAUCCCUGGACGGCACCCUGUUAAAACUUAUGGCUGUUGAACCGCAGUCGUCCGACCUAGACCCAACAAGAACCUCUAGUACCCAGGGCUCUUCCUUCCACGACCGAAAAAACUAUGCUUCUUCGCGCCGACCGAUUGUAGCCACAAGUCACUUGAGCAGAGCAGAGGUUGAAACAAGGGGUCAACAUGCGCUGAGAACCACGACGCGGAAGCGAAGCAGUGGGCUGCAAACGGGUUUCUUAGGAGACGACGAGGACGCGGACGAGGACGCGACAAAUACAACGAAUUCAACCAAUGGCACAAAAACGACAGAAACCACCUCCACAACUGCCGCGGCCGUGGAGGAAGAGGGCACCGAUCUCUGGUUUUACGCCGAGUGCUUGCUCGGGGUCGUGGCCGUUGGAAUUAUCAUCCUCUACGUCAUGUAUAGAUGUUUUUUUGAUCAUGUUGAGUAGUAGAGAGUUUUUGUUGUGUACUACUACGGUAGCAUCUCUUCGUUCGUUCAUUCAGAACAGCGACAUGCUUCUGCUUCAUUGGUGAAUUAAAACGACAUGAACUGGAUUUUUUGGAAAUAACCCACAUCACCACUACUAUCACAGGGAGCUAAUGGACGCGGAGAAGGAUCGCAAGAAGAGGGUUGCGAUGGGCGGAGAAGGGGGGGAUCACGAAAGUGUGGACAGCCGGUUCAUGUAAACAACGACUCCGCUACUUCCAGAGGGUUUUGAAGGAUGUUUCCAGAUCGUGAUGAAAUUGAUGAUGAGAUUUUUUGCCUGAAAAACCACCUUCUGCCCGAAAAGCAAUCGAGUCUUCGGGUAGCAAUGUAUUGGACGCUCAAAACCGUACGACAUC